AUGUCUCUGUUCCUCAGCUCCUCUCAGUCGCUGCUGUUGGAUUGUGGCGAGGGAACGUUCGGCCAGUUGUGUCGUCAUUACGGCGAUGACGUGGAUGAGAUCCUCUCCAGACUCUCCACCAUCUUUGUGUCGCACCUUCACGCAGAUCAUCACACGGGUUUGAUUCAUUUAUUAUUAGAACGAGAGCGAGCUCUGAACAGUCUAGGUAAAGCGUUCAGUCCCGUGUACCUGAUCGCACCUGUGCAGAUCAUGACGUGGUUAAACCAGUAUCACGAUCACUGCCAGCAGAUCCUCAGCCAGAUCAAUAUUAUCCCAUCAAAGUUGUUGUGUGAUGGCGCUGAGAUCCCCAAAGUCAAGACCAAAUCUUUAAUUCAGGCUGUUCUGAAGAAGAAUGACCUGGUCAAGGUCUGUAUGCACUGUAUAGCCUUUUUGUGGUUAUAG